GUGAUGAGGGUGGCAGACGUGAGAGCUAGCGGCAAAAGGCAAUGAUGCAAAUCUCAGUUUCUGGAGAUAAAGGACAUUCCACAGAUACACACAAGUAGCCCAUGUCUGCAUUCAGAUCAACACCCUCAGGUGUACCACAGCAUGUCAAUGGUUCUGUUUGCGUCAGUAGUGCGAGUGAGGGACGGGCUCCCCCUCUCCGCCUCCACAGACUAUGAGCAGGACAAGGGGCUCCAGGAGACCAAGAGACAUCUGAAGGGCCUGUCCAAAAAACUCAGCCAGUUCCCCGACCGCUGCACUUUCAAGACUGGCCAGUACAACGUCAAUUUCACGAGCUCGCUGGGCGUGGGCUACAUGAUGGUGUGCACGGAGAGCUACCCCAACGUCCUCGCCUUCUGCUUCCUGGACGAGCUGCAGAGGGAGUUCAUCGUCACCUACGACACCAAGCGCAUCAACAGCGCCGUGCGGCCCUACUCCUUCAUCGAGUUCGACAACUUCAUCCAGAAGACCAAGCAGCGCUACAACAGCCCGCGCUCGCUCUCCACCAAGAUCAACCUGGCCGACAUGCAGACGGAGAUCAAGCUCAGGCCGCCCUACCAGCUCUCCGCCGAGGAGCUGGGCUCCGAAAACGGCUUCUCCCAACACACCCCCUCCAAGUACAAGGGCAUAGCGCCCCACCAGAUGCUGGAGCCGGUGACGUUGGCGGGGGUGGUGUCGUGCGUGCUGAGUCUGCUCUGCACCGGGCUCAACCUGCUGCGCGGGGUCCACGCCAUCGAGAGCAUCCUACAGAACGAGGAUGAGGACUUUAAUUACGUGAUUGCCUUCUUCCUCGGGACGGCGGCCUGUCUGUAUCAGUGUUACCUGUUUGCCUACUACUCGGUGUGGAGGAACAUCAAGUCCUUCCUGGCCUUCGCCCUCAUCUGCCUCUGCAACAUGUACCUGUACGAGCUGCGCAACGUGUGGCAGAUCCUCUUCCACGUGACGGUGGGAGCCUUCAUCACGCUGCAGAUCCGCCUGCGACUGCCCCAGGGCAAGGCCCCCGACUACAACGUCUGACCAGACGCAUUCCUCUCUGUCCCCUGCACACUCACACACACACGUACGCGCUGCGCCACGCCGCGCCGCCUCGCCAGACACACACACACUCUCUCUCCACACUCUCGCACGCACGCACACACAAGCCGGGGGAGCGCCUCUAAGCGACCGGACUGUCUAAAGACAGGAAGUGGGAGGGGGGAUGGGGGACGUAGAGGAAGACUUUCUUGCCCCCCUCCCUGGGUGAACUGGACUGGGGAUCCACAGAAGCCCUGGAGGUUAAGCUAAAGCCGUGUGUGUGUGUGCGCUAAGCUUCCCUACGCAAGCAGGGCAGGGCAAAAGCCCCCGUGGUUCAAAAAAAAAAUUGCCUCCAGGGCAUUUAGCAUGUUCCGCUUCAGCUCCUCACCAAGAUGGCCGACAGAGGAGCUGGGGUGGAUGUCAGAUUAAAAUAGCCUAUCUGUCUCUCUGUCUGUUUCUGUUGCCGGGGGAGGGGGGGUUUAACAUCCAGAAUAGUGUGCUCAAGUUGGAGAGUCUGGUUGUUGAUUGGUUGGUCAACACUCAGUUAGUCAGUCUGUGCUGAUGGUUGGUCAAGAGCUUGGGGUUUUCCCUAGGGACAUAACGGCCUCAUUAGAUGCACGGAAUACUCCAAAUCAACGAAACAAUCACAUGGUAGCUAUUUAUAUUUUUUUGUGAUGGUGUUUAAUUUGCUGUUAGGUAGACAUCUCUUUUUUUUAGACUGAGAUUUUUGAUUAGAUGAUUUGGGAGAAAAUAAUGCAACUUCAGAAAAGAAAAAAUGCUAUUUAAUCCGUGGAAUAUUGGGACAAGGCUGCCAACGCUGCCGCCAUGCCUUCAUUCUCACACCAGCAGACUAAACACGGCGCUGAGAUGUAGAGGUGGAUAUGCAAGCUUUUGGCCAUCCCUCAACACGCAGUGGCCCCCUAGAAGCACAUUAGGCUUUAGCCAGGACACUUUCCUUUUUAAUACACGCCGUAUGUCAUGCAGCUGUCUCUGGUACGCUCCUGCUCUGCAAGAAGACCUCCGCAUUGCCAUUGUCCGUUUUUACACACACACACACACACACACACACACACACACACACUUGAUGGAUAUCUCUCUCCUCGCUCUUUGAUGCUCAUCCAAGGUGUGGCGUGAUGGUCUGAUGUUUUGCAGCAGCACUGUUAUUUUACAGGAGAAGCAGCCCUUUCCCGCGCCUGAUCAAGGCGCCUUUUCAUGAUGCUUGGGGCGCUGCAGGUUACGGUUCCAAAUUGUCUGCUGACAAACUGUUACGUCUUCAACCCAUUGUGUUAGGCUACGUAUUUAUGUUUUUUUGUUUUAUUUUCCAUUGUUUGUUGUUUUUGGUCAGCUGGAUGAUAAUGUCUCAUGAGUAUAUGCUGUCUGUUCAAGACAACCUGUAAACAUAAACGAACAGAAGCCUCUGAA